UCUUAUUCAACCGAUGGUCUCAUAUAUAUAUGUACUACAUAUACAUAUAUAUACAUAUAUGUUACAGAAUAAAGUGUAACUGAUGCAAGACACCAAGUUGAGUUAUAUGUUCUAUACCAAAGCUUUUGUUCCCUCCCAUCUUUUUUCUUAACCCCCAAGUCUUCCACCUUCUCUCUCUCUCUCUCUCUCUGUGUGUACACAAAACCAACCCUCUCUCACUUUCAUAUUCACCUUCAACUAAAAACAGAACAUUUCAGCUUAGCAUCUCUCUCUCUCUCUCCAAUGGCGGAAACAAGCUCCAAAUCAAAGAAAACCCACCAAAUUCAGAAAGAAGGUGAAAACCCCAGCAAAUUCUACACUCACUUUCUGUUCAAAGCAUUCGCCGUCACGCUCUUCUGCGUCAUCGUCCCUCUCUUCACCUCUCAGUCGCCGGACCUCAAUAACCAGACCAGACUCCUCGAGCUUCUUCACCUCGUCUUUGUCGGAAUCGCCGUCUCCUACGGUCUCUUCAGCCGCCGGAACUACGACGGCGGCGGAGGCCGCAAAGAAAACGCCGUCCAUGGCAACAACCACAGAUUUGAAAACGCCCACUCCUACUUGUCCAGGAUCCUUCAUGUAUCCUCUGUUUUCGAUGACGAUCACGACAACAACGGCAACGAAUCUGAGCCGUCGGAUGAGUCAGCCGCCGGAGGUUACAGUAAGGUUCAGACAUGGAGAAAUCGGUAUCAGAUGAACAGCUCCGAGGUUGUCCUUGCCAAAGAUCAUGAAGCUGUCGUGGGUCAAGUCAGUUCAAAGAUCCGUGAAAAGCCUCUGCUUUUGCCUGUUCGGAGCUUGAAUUUGUCACGGGUUUCAGACUCCGGCGAGAAUUUAACCGUCUCAGGCGUGAAUUCCGAUCGCCGGAGACAGCUCUACAAGAGUUUGAGCGAGAACUCUGUGAAUCACAACAACGUUGUGCUCCCUUCACCGAUUCCGUGGGGCUCGAGAUCGUCCGGGAUCGAAUCUCAGCCGUUGAUCAGGUCGGAGGCCGCGAUCGAGUCACUGCCGAUGAUCAACUCUCCGAAAAAGUCGACACCUUUGGCCAAUUCCUAUACUGAGUCUUUAGCGAAAUCGGCGGAGGAUUCAUGGAGGAAGAAUAGCUUCUACGGCGGGUUUCAUCCGCCUCCUCCUCCUCCUCCUCCUCCGCCGUUUCAUAAAGCGGCGGCGAAGAAGGAUUUGUCCGGAGGCUACAGGAUUGAGCGAAAAGAGUCGAAUCAUAAGAUGAAACUCGCAGAGGGUUCGUCCAAAACCUUCAGGACAGCUCGGUCGGAAGCUUUUUCCCCUCCUCCGCCGCCGCCGCCUCCGCCGCUGGAGUUUUAUAAGUCGAUUCCGGCGAAACCCAGAGUAAGCGAACUGAGAGUUACCUCAAAUCACGAGACGAUGCCGUCUGAGAACUCCAUCAGGAGAGUCAGGUGGGGUGAUCCGAUCAUCAAUGGAUCAAAUCAAGGUCGGAUUUUGGGAAAAGGGUCGGUAGAAUCGCCGAAGAAGAACAAAGGGUACGAUCCAGAGAUGGGAAAAGAAGCCGAGAAGCUGGGUUUCGGGGAUCGGAGAGAUUACUUGCGAAACAAGACAUACAAAGAUUUUCACGAGAAAAGAUUGGACGAAACUGACGAAGAAGACUCGUACAGCUCCGAAGAAGACGAGAUGGAUGAUACAGGAGCUAGAAGUUUGGAUUCGCAGAUUCUGGGGAGAUCAGACAUGGACGGGAAGAGCAGAAGAGAAGAAGAAGAUGGUGGAAGUCACAGUGAAGGAGAAGAAGGGCGUGACGUGGACAAGAAAGCUGAUGAGUUCAUAGCCAAAUUCAGGGAGCAAAUCAGGCUUCAGAGAAUCGAAUCGAUCAAGAGAUCUGCCUUUGCUUGCUCCAACCUCUCCUCCAGGAAUCCUUCAACGUGAUCGUUUCUUUCCUCUCCGCCUUUUUCUUUGAUCGUUUUACAUACUCCUAAUGAUAUGCAACUUCUGGGA